CGAGCUGUGGGAAGGAGAUUCCUCUCGUCCGUGGGUCCCUUUCCCGCCCUUGGAGGUGGGCGAGUUUUUGGCUCGGCCGGGAUCUAGCCGAGAGCGAGGCCCCGCAAGGAGGCUCACGCUGCUGGGCCCAGCUGUGAGCUGGCUGCUUUGCUUGCUUGGGCGCUUCUUGUUUGACACUGAGUUUGGUCCCCACGUUUUUAAAAAGCAAAUGCAAAAAGGAAUAAAAAGAUUUGCUGUAACCUGCUUAAAAAGAAAAUCACAACGGAGUCGGAGAGACUGGUUUUCUUUUGUCUUUAAAGAGCUGUUCUGAGUCUCCUCCCUCUUUGUUUUAUGCAGGUGAAGCCUCUGGGAAAAGUUCUCUGACAGAAGCAGUCCCCAAGGAGCCCCUGGGGCACGCGCUAUGGCUGUACCUAUUGCGGUUCUUGACUGUGACCUCUUGCUGUAUGGCCGUGGACAUAGGACACUGGACCGUUUCAAGCUGGAGGAUGUCACAGAUGAGUAUCUAGUGUCCACGUACGGCUUUCCCCGGCAGUUCAUUUACUACCUGGUGGAUCUUCUGAGAACCAGUCUCUCUCGCCCUACGCAGCGGUCCAGGGCCAUCAGUCCAGAGACGCAGAUACUUGCUGCAUUAGGUUUCUAUACCUCUGGCUCCUUCCAGACUCGCAUGGGGGAUGCAAUUGGCAUUAGCCAAGCCUCCAUGAGCCGCUGUGUUGCCAAUGUCACUGAGGCGUUGGUGGAAAGAGCCUCGCAGUUCAUUCGCUUUCCUGAGGAUGAAGCGACGGUACAGAGCCUGAAGGAUGACUUUUAUGGGCUGGCAGGCAUGCCAGGAGUACUAGGGGUGGUUGACUGCACCCAUGUGGCAAUCAAAGCACCAAAUGCAGAGGACCUGUCCUAUGUGAACCGAAAGGGUCUCCAUUCUCUGAACUGUCUGAUGGUAUGUGAUGCCAGAGGAGUCCUGCUGAGCGCAGAAACACACUGGCCAGGCAGCCUGCCUGACUGCACUGUGUUACAGCAGGCAGCCCUGACAAACCAGUUUGAAACUGAGCUACAUAAAGAUGGCUGGCUACUUGGCGACAGCUCCUUCUUCCUCCGAACGUGGCUGAUGACCCCUCUGCAUAUCCCUGAGACACCUGCAGAAUACCGUUAUAACAUGGCGCAUUCUGCCACUCACAAUGUCAUCGAGCGGACGUUCAGAACCAUUCGAUCGCGUUUCCGCUGCUUGGAUGGGUCCAAAGGCACCCUGCAAUAUUCGCCGGAGAAAUCCAGCCAUAUCAUUCUGGCCUGCUGCGUGCUUCAUAACAUCUCCCUGGAGCAUGGGCUGGAUGUGUGGUCUUCCCCAGCCACAGGACACAUGGAACAACCAGAAGAAGAAUAUGAGCAAAUGGAAUCAAUGGACUCAGAAGCUUGUCGUAUACGCCAGGAGCUUUUGCUUACUCAUUUUAGCUAAUUUUGUGACAGCUUCUAAAGGCUGGUCUGGGAAGAAUACAGGAGCAAAUAUGCCCCUCUUCUGUAAGUUCAUAAAGACUGAUCAGAUGUGCGACAGAGAAAACUUUACUGACUUCGUUUCGGGGGGUGUUCUGAACUUCUCUUGAUCUCCUUCUAAAUGUCCUAUUUAGUUGCUGAAUUUUUACUGUUGUGAUGCACAUAGACUCCCCUUUCACUUAUUUUAGAGAAUAGUCUCAGUAGUGUGAGAUUAGAGGAGAGACUUGGAAAAUGGUCUUUGAUAAUUAUGAAAAAUCUAUAAGGUUCAAACGAUUUUACAAAGCGCAGUUCUAUGCUGGUUUGUAAGCUGAAACACUUAAUCAGGUUUUUGAACAACAUUUCAACAAAUUAAACUUCCUUCUGGGCUCCAGGGUACUCUGGAUUCAUGAGCAGCAAAGUACAAAAAGCACUCCUCAUUUGGCCUGCAGAUACAAGAUCUUUACUAAAUUCCAUUAAUGGUUUUGCACACCUCCCAAAACGCAAUGAUUCCUGUGAAUGCUGAUGGUUGUAUUCUGGGAGGAGUUAGGCUUUUUUGGUGGGUACACCUUAGUGUAUGCACAUAUCUUAAAGACAAGAAGGGCUGGAUGUUUCUUCUUUCCCAAACUGGAGAAGAUGUUAAGCUACAGUUGGCUGUGUCUGUUACUUAACAGAUACCAGGAAAUGGGCUAGUGAAUUUGAGUCUAGUUCUCACUAGAUAUGGCUACCACAACAAAAACAGUUGUUAACUAUUCAUCUUGUUGGUUGCUCUAAAAGAAAUGUGAAGGACUGACUGGAUUAAAAAAAAUUGAACCAAUUGCACAUGUUCUCUACGUGCCUCAGCUCUGAUAUACGGGAAGGCCCUUCCACCAUUGCUGGCAAUGUCCCUGUUCAGUGGAAAAAAGACUCUAAUGCACGCAGUUCUUGUUGGCACAAAACUUUGAAGUAUCCUUAUCCUGGCAAUAGUCCCUUUCCAAAGGAUACGUGCGUUUCCAAGGAUAUCUCUUGACAGCAGUCUGAGACAGUUUUGUUUCUUAGAGAUAUUAUUGUUUACUGGGCAGUAAAUGUAACAUCCAAGUGGUAGGGAAUUCAGAAUGCUGCACAAAAACUAACACUCAAAGUAGCAUGGCAAUUUAGCCCAGCAGGUCUUCUGCUCUUUGUAGAGAAAAUGAGCCUGGUUCAUGCCUCACAGGUUUUAGGAAUAUGUCCUAUCCUUUCUCAUUCUUAAGGGGUGAAGAUUUGCGAUUAGACAUAGUUCUGUCAGUUU